UUGACGCACUGCCACAAUAAUACAGGCAGCAGGACGGAUCGCUGGAAAUACAGUGUAGGAUAUUUAGAUUUUACGAUAGACAGGUUUUAUCAAUCAACUCACAAACUUGUUAUUGCGCUUCCAAGAUAACAGACGCCGAGGUACGUAUUUUCAAACGUCGCUUAGACGAUGUGAAAGCACGGUACCGAUAGCUUCUGCUAGCUACCGUUAGCAAGGUGUCAGAUGCUAGCCGAUUUAGCUAACGUAUGUGACAACCCGGUUGCUAGGGGACAAAGUUGUUUUGAAGAAGGUGUAUGGGUGCCUGAUACCAAUCAGCUGUUGAUUCAUGUUGUAUAUUAGUUGUUAGUCAAGACAACCGGAAACGUCCGAUGUGUUUACCCGUUAGCAACCUAUCGUGGUUUAAAUUCAAGCUAGCAAGAGGACUUUAAGUUAGCUCAGCUGAUACAAAAACGACUACAUCCACCAAGCUGGACAACACGUUGGACUUAGUCGGGUUUAAAUCGGGCUCGGUGGGUUCACUGACGCCUCAGAAGAAGAUGAAGAAGAGGAAGGAACUGAAUGCCUUGAUCGGGCUAGGGGACAGCAAGAGAAAGAAGACCAAAAAGGGGUCUGGUCACCGACUUCUCCGAACCGAGCCUCCGGACUCUGAGUCCGACUCCAGCUCAGACGACGAUGAGUUCAACAACUUGAGCAGCGGGGCUAACUUUGGGAAAAGAAGCUACACGCAGUGCUGCAAUGUGUGCUACCCCUUGUUUCUGUUCAUCAUACUUGCUGCCUGCGUUAUGGCCUGUGCUGGACUCAUAUGGAUGCAGAUUGCUCUGAAGGAAGAUCUAGACUCGCUGAAAGAAAAGCUGCAUAGCAUGGAAUCCAGCCAGAAAGUGUCAUCAAGUGAAAUACCAAAACUAAAUGAGGACCUGAAAAACAAGGAGAGAAAGCUUGACGACAUAGAAAAUGGAGACAAGGGGUUGGGAAAGCUCUGGUCCAACCUAACAGAAAUGAACAGAAAGAUCAGUUUGCUGGACUCGGCUGUAACCCAUUUAAAGGUCAACUUGAAAUCAGCUGCUGACUUAGUCAACCUUCCCACUACAGUUGAAGAGCUUCAAAAGAGUGUUGCUACAAUUGGCAGCACACUAACAAGUGUACAGCACGAUGUGAAGACUAUGCAGGCUGCUUUUGAGCAGCAGAAGAAAGAUGAAGAGUUGAAGAAAGCAAUGGAAAUAACAGACCUGAGAAAAGCAGUAGGUGAGGCGAACAAGACCGAGGAGCUGCGUCACACACAGACUGACGGGCAGAUCCACAUCCUCCUCUCUACGGUCGCAGAGCUUCAGCAGAGAGUGUUGUCGUUAGAGAACGGGUCAAAACAAAGUGUGAAUAACGCAGCAGCCAUCACCAGUGAAAGUCCAACAACAGAAGUUAUUAAAGAAGCUACUCCAACCAAAGCAACACUUGAGGAUGUGCAAGAGGUAUCCACCCCACUGACAGAGCCUCAUACAAGCAGACGCCCACGCUUUCUAACUCCAAACCGUGCUAAGAGAGAGGCUUUGAAACCAUGCCCAAGGAGGGUGGUCCUGUAUGGUAUCCGCUCUCUGAAAGAGUUGGAGGACUUCUACCAGCAGGAAGGCGUCGGGCGUGAUUCGCCCGGAUUGACCUACCGCAGCCUGAGGGAAAUAAUUGGAACAUCUACUACUGCUCAUACCAUGGAGUGUUUUGACAAUGACGGAGACAAGAGGUACUCCCUGAUGGAGCUUAGAGCUGCUGUAGGUUGGACAAUGUAACAGCUUUGACCAUAAUGACAUGUUGGGUCCAUGCUGCUGCUGUAAAUGGGGAGAUUUUAUGAAUGUGUUUGUGUGUGAGCACCAAUGAAUAAACAAAGUUUAAAAAGUU